AAGACGGUCUCAGGCACAGUCCAACAGCUACUGCAAGCAUGAGACCGUCACGAAUUCUGGUGCUGGUGCUUGUCCUGGGACUGGCCUCCGCCGGUUAUGGAGGAAGACUUGGAGGUGGAGGCGGGAUUGGCGGAGGAGGAGGACACGGAGGUUCUUCAGGAGGGUCAGGCGGUUACGGCGGAGGAGGUGGCACAUCCGGAGGAUUCAUCUCUGGAGGCUCAGGAGGAGGACACUCCGGUGGAUUCAUCUCCGGAGGUUCAGGAGGUGGCUUUUCUGGUGGUUCUGGAGGCGGUUAUUCCGGAGGUGGUGCAUCUGGUGGCUUCUCCGGAGGUAAAGGAGGUGGCUUCAUAGGGGGCUCAGGUGGCUUCUCUGGAGGUUCAGGAGGCGGAUAUUCUGGAGGUGGUUCAUCAGGAGGCUUCUCCGGAGGUAAAGGAGGUGGCUUCAUAGGGGGCUCAGGUGGCUUCUCUGGAGGUUCAGGAGGCGGAUAUUCCGGAGGUGGUUCGUCAGGAGGCUUCUCCGGAGGUAAAGGAGGUGGCUUCAUAGGGGGCUCAGGUGGCUUGUCUGGAGGUUCAAGAGGCGGAUAUUCCGGAGGUGGUUCAUCAGGAGGCUUCUCCGGAGGUAAAGGAGGUGGCUUCAUAGGGGGCUCAGGAGGUGGCUUCUCUGGAGGUUCAGGAGGCGGAUAUUCUGGAGGUGGUUCAUCAGGAGGCUUCUCCGGAGGUAAAGGAGGUGGCUUCAUAGGGGGCUCAGGAGGUGGCUUCUCUGGAGGUUCAGGAGGCGGAUAUUCCGGAGGUGGUUCAUCAGGAGGCUUCUCCGGAGGUAAAGGAGGUGGCUUCAUAGGGGGCUCAGGAGGUGGCUUCUCUGGAGGUUCAGGAGGCGGAUAUUCCGGAGGUGGUUCGUCUGGUGGCUCCUCUGGAGGUAAAGGAGGUGGCUUCAUAGGGGGCUCAGGUGGAUUCUCUGGAGGUUCAGGAAGCGGAUAUUCCGGAGGUGGUUCGUCUGGUGGCUUCUCUGGAGGUAAAGGAGGUGGCUUCUCUGGGGGCUCAGGAGGUGGCUUCUCGGAAGGUUCAGGAGGCGGAUAUUCUGGAAGUGGAUCGUCUAGUGGCUUCUCUGGAGGCGCUGGAGGUGGCUAUUCCGGUGGAUCAUCUGGAAGCUCAAGUGGUGGUCACUUCGGAGGCGGUGGUGGCUCCUUCGGUGGAUCUCCUAGCACUGGCUACCUUCCUCCUGUGGGAAAGUGAGACAGAGACAGUAAUCGCGGUCUCAACCAGAAAACGGCCCACAAUACUUAAUACCCACUUCCGUUUCCUUGUUACUGUUAUGCUUCUGUCAACGUCGCUUCGAAUGUUUAAAUAAAUACUUUAUAUUUU